AUGUUCCAUAUUCUUCUUUGCAUAGUCGUAGUCUUCCGGCUACACCUCGCCGCUGCUGCUGCUCUCGCCCAAUCGCCUUCUUUCGCAAAUACUUCAGCUUCUGUGCCAGCAGCAACAAACCUUAGAGAAUGUGGAAAAUGCGGGAUCGAAGCUCCAGGGGGCGUCCAGCUUGUAUACUGGGCUCCUGACAAUGUCUCAAAUGGCUCGAUCCGGACAAACCAGUCUACUUCUGUCCUUGACGGCUUCACUUUCACGUCACCAUCUGUCUACGUAGUAUACUCUUCGUUGAGAGCAACCGUGACCUGUGGCGCAGCUUCAACAUUACAAACAAUCGGCCCCGUAUUUGACGCAAAGACGAUAGGGUACUCGUCUCGCUUCCUAGCCUAUGGCACUCUCUCAAGUCCUGACCAGCGUUGUGACGAGAACGUCGUCGUUGAUGGAUUCCAUACGAUCGAUUUCUCGUCUCUUUAUUAUAAUCCAAUAAUCACUUCCACGACAACCAAAGCUGGUUGUCCACCUUACAUCAACCCGCGGCUAUCACUGCCAGCAGAGCUGACGGAUGUCGAUCCGUCGUGGAAAAGCUGCGAACCACUCUUUUAUGGUGCAUUUGAUCCGCCAAGGGUGAUUGGUCAUGCUGAUACUCUUGCUCCACCCAAAGAUCAGGCUGGUCCGGUGACGAAGGCAGAGCCAGCUACGAUUCCCACCCCGGAGCCCAAACCGGUGGCAGUCCCGGCUCCGGCUAACCCGGCUCCUACCCCCUCAUCAAAAAAGCCAGAUGCACAUGCGAAUGAUCCAGAUGACGGGGAUGGCGAAUCGGCAACCAUGACUCCGAAUUUCAAGGGGAAUGUCUCUCCUGACCAACCAGGUUUGAGUCAUGACGCACCUUCUAAGAAUUCACCACCGGAUGAUCACCAUCAGCCGCAACCAGCUGGCAAUACACCGACUUCUGAUGGGGCGCCACCACCCCAGCAAAAGCAAGCGCAACCGGGUAGCAGCGAAGGCGUUCCUGAUGAAUCAAAGAGCCAGAAGAAUGGAAACGGCAACCAAGUGGCACCUGCACCAGCUCCAGCUGCGGCACAAGGGGCGCCUCAAAGUGACCGUAAUGAACCCAAGCCACCGACUCACGCUGUGGUUGAUGACACAAAUCACAUCGUCUUCGCUCCAGCCAACCAGCCAGCACCAGCGUCUCCACCAAAAAAUCCUUCAUCUUUGCCAAUAUUUGAUCCACAAUACACAGCGCAGACACCCUCCAAUAGAAACGAAAAUGGAAAUACUAAUUCUCACGGCGGUUCUCCAAGUUCGGCGAAUCUGAUUUCGGGAACGCUUACAGGGAACUCACCUCCCGCUGAUAACCCACUGCCCCCUCCAACCAGCAUGGUGCCGGACAACGUCUACGAUCAUCAAGGCAUCACUCCAGUAGUCAAAGACGGCUCCUCCUCAGACGCUCAACGUCAACAAGAUAGUCCAGGAUCACCACAGCAAAACAACCAGCCAGCUCCCGCCAGUGGUUCGUCUGCGGGAACUCCGCACCCAAAUUCUGGCCCUGGGUCAUCACAACAAAACAAUGAUCAGCCCCUCACCCCCGAUUCUGUCUCCGACACAACCCAGCAAAAUCCCAACCACCCUGACUCCAAUCCCCUUGCCGCCACCCCCCCACCUUCAUCCCCAUCAGCUCACCUCGCCCAUUUCGCCCUCGGCGGUGCCCCAGUUCACGCGCUCCCCGCAUCCCAAGGCGGCGGGCUGAAAAUCGGUUCCGCGACCCUAUCCCCAGGCACGCAGACGACCAUCUCGGGCCUCCCCAUCUCCCUCGGAUCAUCCGGUGUGAUCGCACUAGAUGGCCAGAGCUACGCUUUCAUCACCGCUCCUCGGCCCACCAAUCCACCUACACAAGGAGGAGGGGCCCAAGUGGACGCGUUCGCUGACUCACUCGCCCUCCCCCCUCCUACCGACGGUACCGACGGGACUUCAGCAGCAGCAAGUUUCACCAUCCCCAUCCCGCCAGGCAGUAAGCCAGAUGUAUCAGUCCUCUCCGCCGCACUGCCGGGCGCUAGUAUUGCUAUCUCGCCGGACGGCAAAAGCGUUAAUGUGGCGAACUAUCGUCCUCCUCCGACUUCCUCGGGUGCCUCAAAUAGUGGCGGCGGCGGCAACCGUGGUGGCGGCGGAGGAGGAGGCGCUGGGGGAGAGAACGGAGGGCAAGGCGUAGCGCUCCCCACAGCCACCAACCUGGGCGCCAUAGUAGACGGUGCAUUCGGCGCCGUCGAGCCUAGCCCCGCCAAUCCCAGCUCUACUGAUGCAGCCGGGUCCGGGCAAGACACAGCUAACGUGAAGAAAGCGAUCGCGGCGGCGUUUUAUCCCGUACACACGGGUCAGCCGGUGACGAUGAAGGGGACGACGUACUCAUCUGGAUCCCCGACCCCGACCCAAACCCCAACUUUGGCCCUGGAGGAGGCUCCAAUGACUCGAAUCCAGGAGGCGGAAGUGGAGCAGGAGGAGUGA